AGGCUGAUCCAUCACAGCAGCGGCGAGAACGAGUUCGUCUGCUUCACCUGACGGCGACAUGAUGCUAGUCUGGAUCAGAUUCACAGCGUGCAUUCCUGCUUGCCUGCCGACGUCUCUCAUGGUGGCGGCGGUCGCAUUUGAGAUUCUGGUGUGUCCCAAUCAAGUGGGAAUGAGAGUCGCUGAGCACGUGGUUCGCUAGGAUGGCCGCUGAGUUCCUUGUGCCCUGGUGGAAUGAUCAAUUUUCAGCACUCUGUUGGUUUGUCGGAGCCAGGAAGAUGAUACGCGUUGGUUUUGUGAUGCGCAUGGUCCCAUCAACUAAUUUUCUCCCAAUUGGAGUGAGAGCGAAGUUCUUCCUUCUGGACUUGCGCUCACGCAAGAAGUCUCUGGGUGGCAGUCAGCCGCAGUGCCUCCAGAGAUGAGAGUGGUUAGUCCAGAACACUAAAAGUUCGUCUACAAUUGCAUGCAAGAUUGACACAGAAAUGUGAGAAGAGGAGCUGGGGCGGCGAUGUGAAUGUGGAGCGUUUAUGAAAGAAUUAGCUGCCACUGACAUCCUUUCAAAGUAUUUCUGAAAGUAAGAAAGACCGACGCACAGCACGCUGCGAAUGAGAUGGAAACCUCCCUCCCAUCGACAACCAAUUCUCCACAGCUGAAAACACACGGGAUCUAGGUAACCAUCUCCACAAACGAACAGUCACUGAACUAUCGAUCGGUCCCCGGAGGCCGGCCACAUGAUGUCUACGAAUUUUCAUUCAGCUCCAGACUUUCGUCCCAUUCCCUUAUUCGGUCUCCGAUCUCCCUCAUGUUUCACGUCGACGACUCCAGCUGCUUGUUCGGAUUCACAUGAUCCGCGCAUGAUUACACUGGCUCUUAUUUCUGAGAUCAAGCGAUCAAGCGUUCGAUCCUGCAGACGAAAAACGGUUCACGAUCCAUCUUCCAGGAAAUCAUUCGUCGAGCCAUUUGCGUACACACUCACGUCUGCAUGUGCGGCCAGCCCAGCCCAGCGACGGCCGUCGGUUGACGGUGACGCGACCGACCGGUCACCGGAGGUCACUGAGGGCCUACCUCUGCUUCCCUUUCCAGCGUAUCUCCUUCAGAUUGUGUUCAUGGCCUUGCUCGUUCUUACACGAGAUAGAGAUGCAAGAUUUGUGAACACUGUCGGCGUGUUCGGUCCUAUGUGCAUCAAGAAAUUGAUUAUUUCGUCCCCAAAUGUUCUGAGUUUCGAGUUUCUGAGCAGGCGAGAGCUCGGGAGAAUUGUGGGUCCUACAUUAGCAGCAGGCUUCCUGCCCACGUAGGGUUUAACUCACAGUUGCGGUGACAACAGCAGAGGCGGUGGCGAGGAGUUAUUCGAGUUUCUCUGGCCUUCUCGCCUCAGGCUUUCGAUAUGAGCUGAUCAGUAUUGAAGAAAGUCGAUGGACAAGAAAUAUUUUCGGUUUUUCUUCCAGCGAGAGUAGAAUCAUUAGCUCGCCGGUGCAUUGGACCUUCUUCGGGAUUGUAUAGGAUUCGUGGAGGUUCGAGCAAGGUGGAACGAUGGCAAUAGUUGGAACUGCAAAUGCUUGUUUGUGGCGUGGAAUAGUGCUUUCUGGUUUACGAAAUCCGGGGACACCAUUCGGUCGCGUUCAAGUGGCAAAGUGUGGGCAGCAGCGGUUCCACAAACUGCAAUGCUUUGCUGAGCAGGGACAUAUAGAGCAACCAAAAUCUGCCAGAGCAAACCUUCCUGCUCCACCUAAGGCGAAUGAGCUGUGUGAUAGCCGGGUGAUUCAGUAUGUUCAAGCGCAAGUUCGAGAACCAGAGAUAUUGAGGAAUCUUCGAGAAGAGACAAACAAAAUGCAUGGAUCAGGAAUGCAGGUCACACCAGAUCAAGGACAAUUUUUGGCAAUGUUAGUUCAAUUGAUGGGUGCGGAAAGGUGCAUCGAAGUGGGAGUGUUCACUGGUUAUUCCUCAUUGGCUGUUGCAUUGGUGCUACCAGAUUCGGGAUGUCUUGUGGCCUGCGAUAGAUCAGAAGCAUCCCUUGCUGUCGCUCAGAAGUAUUUUAAGCUAGGGGGUGUUUCUCAUAAGGUAAGUGUAAGACUUGGAAUGGCAAUCGAUACCCUCAACGAGUUACUUGAGCACGGUGGGGCAGGAAGGUACGACCUGGCUUUUCUAGAUGCAGACAAGAUGAUGUAUCCACAGUACUAUGAGCUGCUGUUACAACUGGUGAGGCCAGGAGGAUUAAUUGUGGUGGACAAUGUUCUUUGGCACGGAACUGUAGCGGACCCUUUGGUUGUGGACAAGAGAACCCAAAGUAUCCGUGAUUUUAAUGAUUUUUUGCUGAGAGACAGUCGCAUCGACUACAAUUUGGUUUCGAUCGGAGAUGGCAUGUCUCUUUGCAGAAAGAGGUGAUUCGGUGUUCUCUUGACGUAAUCGAGCCCCGACGGUCAUUUCUUUGUAACUAUGAAUCUUGGAGGAAUCCCAGUUCUGAUGUCAUCGGAGUUGCCAAAGUUUUGAUUUCAACAGUGUUAAGUGAAAAAACAUCACGAGGAAAGUCAUUCCGUUUCUAAUCAGUUGAUCUGAUUGACGCCUAUUCAAUGCAUUCAGUAAGUAGCCAAGCAUCUAGACAACCUAAAUGUCUCUGAGUCUGUUGUUGAAAAGACUAUUAUUAAGACUAUUAUUGAAUAUUUGUUGGGAAUCAUUAGAAAAGUAAAGCAAUGCAAGAAUGGGUCGACACAGGUUCCUUAGUUCUGAGGAAGGAUCCACAUAAGAGUUGUUGAUAAAACACAGGUCCCGGAUUGGGUUUAAAUACCCCAUCCGAGACAAGGGAUGUAACGGAUGUGACAAGGGAUACAAAGCGAGACAUCUCUAUAGUGGGUCGCAUUCUCAUCACAGUCAUAGUCCACAUCACAUCACAGACUAUGAAACAUCACAAUAUAGAGAAUCAACACUAAUGUGCAACAAUGAUCUAUUCUAAACUCAAAACGCCAACAAGGGUAUGACACUAAUUCGUUUAACGUAACAUACCAUUUGAGUGUAGAGCCAAACCUACAUUGUGUUACUUACAAUAACUCACACAAGAUUCAAAAGUUGGAAAGUUGGCACCGGCUCCAAAGUUGGCAUCGUUUCCUCAGUCAUCGCUAUUGUAUGUCACAUCAGUGAUAUUAUAUAAUUUCAAAUAAC